AGUCUGGAGCGGCAGAUAGAGGGUGUCCCCAGUGGAGAGCCAGGGAGGUCUAUGUCAUCUACCUCCUAAGAAAGGGUAACCAACCAAACGCUGUCAUACCUCCGAAACUUGACCCGGCCAGAAAGAUGUCUGGACGCCAGGUAAGCCGGUCCAACACUUACAACCACUUGAGCCAAUCCAACAACGUGUCUUUCCCUCCUCGAACUCCAGGCUGGACCCAGUAUCCCAAUAUGAACAACGGCAAGGGUCUGCGAAGCCGCCUUCCGAGCGGCUCCGAGUUAAGCACCUCCAGCGGCCACUCUGAGCAAUCCUUCAACUCCACCACCUCCUCAGAACUUCCCUUGGGGAAGAUCUGCAUGGGCCGCCCCUAUACCUCCAAGUGCGUAGAGACGAGUCACCUGACGAGAGGCCCCAAGGUGGUCAAAAAGCCCAUCUGUCAACUCAGCAGCCCUCACUGCCUGAUCUGCACAGACCAACCAUCAUGCCCCUCCAGUCCUACCUUCCUAGACCAGCUCAUCAAAGGCAUUAGCUACCUGGACAGAUCCACCAAUGUUUUCAACAACAGCAGCUACCCCAAAGCCCUGAGCUUACCUCAGCUGGCAGCCACCUAUCUGGAAAGAGCUGCUAACUCCCUCUACCUGGACCAAACGGAACGCCCCCCACCCCGAAGCUAUUCCACUCCCAGCACUAGCACAGCCGCUGCCAAUCAGCCCCCAGCCAACAACUGCUUGGUCCCUUCCACUCGGGACACCAAAAGCCUGCAGUGCCUGGGUGGCUCCACUGGUUUGAGCUAUCAACAACGGCCUAACAGCCAGACUUUCAAUGUCGAGACACCUCAGAGGCCCGGGGUAAAACUGCCAGAGAUUCCCCUGUUCGGCAACGGGUUCUUCUCCUUAGGUCGUCUGCCCAAGUUCUGGGAAGCAAUCCGCUCCGGAUGGAAUGCUCCUGUGCCCACCCCUAAGCCCGAGGGCUGGUGGUGACAUGGAUGCCACCUUUGUCCAGUGGGCACAUGGCCACCGUGUGGAAAAUAAAUUAUCAUA